AUGAUCAACUUCGGAAUGUACAGUCACUGCUCCAAAUCAGACCUCAAUAUAUGGCGCGACCUGGGCAACGAAGGCUGGGGCUGGGACGACAUCAUCCCUUAUUUCCAGAAGGUGGAGCACAUGCACAUUCCCAGCGAUGAGACGCGCGAGGCGUUGAACACGGAGUACAUCCAGCCAGGACUGCGCGGCACUUCCGGAAUGAUCCAGACCAGUUUCCCCAAAGACUCGUUCACCUGGCUGCAAGACGCAUGGACGAAGACCUCGAAGUCGAUGGGGUACCCGACUGUGAAUGAUCCGAGGACUGGUACAUCGCUUGGUCUGUUCAAUCAGCUCAAUACUGUUGAUCCGAAAACUAGCAAGCGUAGUUAUGCUGCGAGCACGUACCUCGCAGCUGCUGAAGGUAGACCAAAUCUUUUUGUAGUGACAGAGACCUUCGUGAAACAGAUUUUGUGGAGUGCUGUUAGGCAAGGAGGCACAGUUCGAGCAAGCGGCGUCGAGCUGGAGAGCGGCGGCGACUCCUUCGUUGUCGAAGCAACGAAAGAAGUCCUCAUCACAGCCGGAUCUGUACAGUCCCCUCAGAUUCUCGAGCUCUCCGGCAUCGGUCAGCGUAAAGUGCUUGAGAAACACGGUAUCGAAGUUGUCGUUGAGAAUCACAACGUCGGCGAGAACCUGCAAGAUCAUCCAAUGGUCAUUAUGCCAUUCAGAGCCAAAGAAGGAGUGGCCACUCUUGAAGCCCUUCGUGAGCACCCCGAGCUGGCUGCUCAGUUCAUGGACAUGUAUGUGAAGACAGGCACCGGACCAUUUGCUGCCACGCCUACAUGCACUGGCUUUUUGUCCAAACAGAUGGUGGCACCAGAAGUUGACCUGUCGCACCUCAUGAAGGCCGGUCACGGCCUGCCAGAGAGACAGCUUCAGCUCCUCAAAGCCCAGAUCGAGGACUCGAAAGAAGCUGAAUAUCAAGCAGCGGUGAUGGCUGCAGGAAUCGAUGCAACCAAACGAGCUGCUCAGACCGGAAUGUGGAAUCAUACUGAGCCUGGAGGAUAUGUCGGUCUUGGCUUCGGACUCAUGCACGCGUUCUCUCGUGGAAGCGUACACAUCGCGAGCAUCGACAUCACUAAGCAUCCAGAUGUGGACCCUCGCUACCUCAGUCAUCCCAUGGACCUCGAAUUGCUCGCACACGCCACAUUCCAUGCGAAGAAGAUCGCAGCUACAUCGCCAAUGGCUGAUAGUAUAGCAGAUGAUCCAGAGACUGGCGAGAAGGCCCUUGGUUUCGGCGUCGAGCCAUGCAGAACGAUGGAAGAAGCCAAAGAGCAUGUCAAAAAGCGCCAGGUCACGAUGUAUCAUUCUACCGGGACGUGUUCCAUGUUGCCCCGAGAGGAAGGUGGAGUUGUGGACACAAGCCUACGGGUGUACGAUGCCGAGAACGUGAGGAUCGUUGAUGCGUCCAUCUUUCCGAUGAACGUCCAAGGCAACACCGUGAGCUUGGUGUAUGCGGUGGCAGAGAAGGCGGCGGAUAUCGUCAGGGCGGAGUACCAAUUUCCGGGAAGGACUGAUGGGGUCAAUGGUGAGCAUUGA